UGUAGCCUAUCUGUUGCUGAAAUGUGAAUUUUAAAGUACAUGCUUGGGUUUUCUUGUUUGAAAGGAGAUGUGGUCAACACUUGUAUUCAUGGCCUCUACCCCCUAACGCUACAUCAUUAUAUAUUGAACAAGCUCUUUUGUGACUGAGAUAAUUAAAGCAAUCCGGAGAAGUCAUAAUCCCUUUUUAAAUGAACAAGCUUGUUUGGGCUAGGUGAGGUAAGGGGGCAGACCUGAUGAAAAAUGUAUAUCAUAGUGCACCAAUGGCAGAACAGCAGCAUUGAAGAAUAGUUAUUGAAGGUGUGAUUCAUGUCUCACUCAGUAUCUAUAAACUUAAGUCAGACUCUGCGGACCAGGCAGCUGCUCGUAGACUUUGAUGGUGACCAACCUAUUUUGAGUCUCAGGCCACCGCUGGACCUGGUUAACGUCCCAUCCACCUCCCGUCUCCGCUGGCCCAUAGAGAGUGAGGUCAUCAGCGAAAUCAUCCAUCACAUAGAGUGGGACCCCCCAGAGCCAGAGCCUUUCUACCAGCCUACAGGACUUGAGAGGACACCCAUGCCAGCAGGAGAGGGGAGGGGGAAAGUGGUAUACUGCAUUGACCAUGCCACUAAGUUUCCGUUUUUCGACAACGCCUGUUACGGAGGAAGCGGUCAGCCCAUUAAGAAGUCCACUUCUUAUGACAAUCAGACAGACUUCACCCUUGAGUUUGAGUCACGCUUUGAGAGUGGCAACCUUCAGAAGGCUGUGCAAGUGGGUGUCUAUGACUAUGAGCUCACCCUGCGCACAGACUUGUACACCAGAAAGCACACGCAGUGGUUUUACUUCAGGCUCAGGAACAUGAAGGCUGGAGUGACCUACCGCUUUACUAUCAUCAACUUGAUGAAAAGCAGAAGCCUGUAUUGUCAGGGUAUGAGACCACUCCUCUACUCUGAGAGGGCUGCCAACGAGACAUGUGUUGGAUGGCAACGCACCGGCGGCAAUAUCAGAUACUACCGCAACUGCAAUAAGACCAAGGACAACAACAGCGACACAAUGGCCCAGUACUCACUCACCUGGACUCUCCAGUUCCCUUAUGAGUCAGACACCUGCUACCUGGCGCACUGUUACCCCUACACCUAUUCCCGCCUGCAGCGCUACCUCAGGCGCAUUACUUCCAACCCAACAGUUACAUCAUACUGUACACUGAGGGUGCUGUGUAAAAGCCUUGCUGGAAACCUUGUGUAUUUGGUCACAAUAACAACCCGGGGGAGCGGCAGGGUGGAGGGUAGGACCAAAAAGGCUGUGGUGGUGACGGCUCGAGUGCACCCUGGAGAAACCAACGGAUCCUGGAUGAUGGAGGGGUUCCUAGACUUCCUGCUUGGGGACUCAGAAGAUGCUCAGCUACUCAGGGACACUUUUGUCUUUAAGGUGGUGCCGAUGCUGAACCCAGAUGGUGUCAUAGUGGGCAAUUACCGCUGCUCUCUGGCAGGCAGGGACCUCAACAGAAAUUACAAGACUCUGCUUAAGGACGCCUUCCCCUGUGUGUGGCACACCCAAACUAUGGUGGAAAGGCUGAUGGAUGAGAGGGAGGUAGUUCUUUACUGUGACUUUCAUGGCCACAGCCGUAAAAACAAUGUCUUCAUGUACGGUUGUCACAACCGAGAUGAUGCCUCUCAGAAGCUUCACGAGAGAGUCUUUCCGCUGAUGAUGAGCAAGAAUGCCAGUGAUAAGUUCUCCUUUAAAAGUUGUAAGUUUCGGGUGCAGAAGAGCAAAGAUGGAACAGGACGAAUCGCCAUGUGGAGACUUGGCAUCAAAGACAGCUAUACUAUGGAGGCCACCUUUGGAGGCUCCACUCUGGGCGACAGGAAAGGAACACAUUUUACUACUCGAGACCUGAAGUCCCUCGGCUUCUGCUUUUGUGACACCCUGCUCGACUACUAUGAUCCAGAUCCAUCAAAGAUCACUUACUGUCUGACAGAACUGGCAGAGUUGUUGAGAAAGGAGGUCAGAGAGAAGCUGGGUAAAGAUUUUGGCACUGAAUGUAACUUCUCUGUGACCGACCUGGAAAGCAGUAACAGUGGUUCAAAUAGUUCAGAGUCUGAUGGACUCCCAGUUCAUUUACUAAACCAUCCAGAGCAAACUCCAGUGAAGAAGAAAAAGAAACGCUUGAGGAGUUGUAAAAAGAGAAACAGACUGCGACCAGAGGGAGUGAAGACAUUAAUAGAGUCCAACCUGCCCCAUGAAGACACAGUUAAAGAGAGCAUCCGAGAGAGGCCUGUUGGAAGACACAGGAAAACAUGGCAGGUUGAUGGUCGGAUGAAAAAAGCUGGGAUCCAUCUUCCCACCACUCCCCCUGGAGAGGUCAGUCAGGUGACUCUGUGUCAGGGCUGCGAGCCUGUCAAGGAUUAUGGAAACUGGAAAUCUGCAUACCCGGGUUUCAGGGUAAAAGCAUGUCCACAUCUCAGCCCAUUGUCAGCUCUGUCACCUCACACAGAUAACCUGGGGAUGUAUGCAGGACAGUGGAGAUGCUCCUCUCAGCUGCUGCACCUGAGUACUGUCCUUCCACCUUCACCGAAUUUCAUACAUUCCAACCAGCACCCGUAUCGCUGCCCCCGACAAUCUUUCGUCUCCUAUAACGACUACAGAGGGCUGCCACCUUCCCUUACAGCGCCCCACAGGUCUUCCUCAUCCAUGUACGUCAAGAUGGCUCCAACAAAGCGCUUGCUAUCAAGUUUGACCACUGACAAGUUCAACACUCGGCAUAUUUUUAGAGACAGAAACUCUUUACGGGCCUCAGAACGUUACUUUGUGCCUGAGGAUUCCUCCAUCUCACACGCAGACAUAACCAAAACCAAGCGGCAGAAUGAGGAACAGGAAGAAGAUUACCCAGAAGGGUUGUCACUGUUCAGAUGUGUACGCCUUGAAGGGCAGAACCAGAGACCUGAAUUCCCCCGAAGAGAAACUGAUUUGCGCAACAAUUUAUUUGUGCCUGUUCUGAGGGGCACAGACCUGGGAGGAAAAAGAUUAUCCAAAGAGACUUUGGAAGACAAAAGACACAUAGAUGUUUUAUCCCCCGUGUCAAAGCCUUCAGGCCUCGUGAAGGUGGAACUUCCAGGUCCACAGAGUGACACUAACGAUAGGCUUCAGACUAACGACAUCAGGCACUAUCCCUCUGAAAGAGAAAGCCAAACAAGUUCCCAGCAUAACCGAGAAAGAGUCUAAUGGCCUCAAUCAGAGUCAUCAGGAUGAGAACAGUGACAAGGAUGAACUUGUAGUAGUCUGGCAAUGCAGGAUACUGGUAGAAAUGACAAUUGCAACAAUGUAAUUAAAUUAAUGGAAUUUAAAGGACUUGUUUUUAGGUCUAAUGCUGACCGUUGAAAUGAAUGCCUGUAAAAAUAAA